GGGAAUUCCAGCGUGUUAACCGACACUAUUUUAAUAUGAAUAAUGGCGUAUUUGAGAAUAUCGGUGUGUGUUAUUUACCUUAUUGGAUUUGUUCUACAUGUAACAGGCUCACCAUUGACAUUUAAUGACGAGACAUUGAUAUACUCACAACUAAAUAUGUUAUGUCCAUCUGAUAAGCCUUUAAUAACGAACACCGAAAACCGGUCUGUUUGUGUUUCAUCAUGCGGACCUACAAUGGUGGCAGAUGGUAAAAUCUGUAUAAACGUUGAAGAUUGUAAAAAGCCUGUGCUGUCUGAUGGAAAAUGCAUGAUAAUGUGUGACAAAGGAUAUUUGUACGUCACGUUUGAAGAUGACCUCUUUAGUGACUGUGGUACUGAAUAUAAUGAAUGUUACUAUUCAAAGAAAAAUAUCGGACAGAAAUUGUGUGAAAAGAAAACUUUUAUAAUUUUGAAAAUAAUAUGUUAUGUUAUUGGGAUCAUUCUAUAUAUUGUCUUUCUGUUGAUGUUCUUCUCGAAAAAGGAGUUUCCAUGUAAUAAACUCAUAAUGUGGUUAAAAGUCAGAAAUCACAUGAAAAAGUCAUCGUCACGUGAUUUGCUGUGUAAUGAAGACAUAACAUAUGACGGAUUUUGUAAAAAUUAAUCUACCAGACAUACAUCAGGUUUCAUGUUCUUAAUGAUGUCUUCAUAAUAAUUUAGUGAUCUUGAUCAAAGUUAGUGUCUUUGUGUCUUUUUUUACAAAGGAUUAUCCAUUAAGAUCUAGGAAGAAUUGUUUGUGUAAUCAACUAAUAUAAAGAAUAUGAGAAAUGUUUAAUUUUAUGCGUAAGACAAUAACUAAAUAAAAAAAACAACCACAAAAAAACACUAUAACACAAUAUAGGCAAAUGUUAUCUAAGUGUCGUA